GCUCAUGAAAGUUAUGUAGAGUCUAAUCUUUAUUCAUAUGCACAACAAGCGGCAGUGCACUCCAUGAUACACGAGUGGAAGUAUGCUUUGAAAAGAGGAAACAAAGGAUAAGUGUAGCACCCAUCGCUACAGGAGUGAUUUUUCAGAAUGUAUAAAGUGGGUCCUUCACGUUUUGGAGAUAUCUGUGGAUAUUCGGGGUAAUUGGGACAUGUGCUAACCGUGAACUGGUCUAUUGCCGCCGACUAGGGUGAAUAUCAAUUAUGGCUGAAGCAGGAGAGAAAGAGACUCAUGAACAGUUUGAGAAGAGAUUCAGCACCCUAGUGAUCCAUGGGUUUGUCUCCCUUUCAACCUCUCUAGGAAUUCAAUCAGGUCUCUUUGAUGCUCUUAUUAAGUUGAAGGAUGAGGAGAGGACUGUCAAGGAGAUUGCUGAUACAGCCGGCCUCAAGGAAAGGUAUGUGAAAGAAUGGCUUGGAGUGAUGGUUUCAGCUGACAUCGUCGACAUCAACCCUGAGACAGAGAAAUACAGUCUUCCCCCUCAUCGUAUACCUUUCUUCCUGUCUGGUAGUAGUGUCAGUAAUUUAGCAGUCACACUCACAGAGUUACCCAUGUAUGGUGCAGUCUACAACAAGCUGUUAGAUUGUCUCAAGAAAGAUGGCCCACUGGGACUGCCAUACUCAGAAUACACAGAUUUUCAUACUGUGAUGUCCAAUCAUAGCAGUAUAUGGGUUCUGCAACAUCUGGUCCAAGAUUUUAUACCGUCCAUGCCUCAAAUAGAAGAACGAAUGAAGUCUGGUAUCCGAAUAUUGGAUCUGGGUUGCGGGAGAGGAUUGGCCUCUCUUGUUUUUGCAGAGAACUAUCCAAACAGCACUGUUGUCGGACUGGACUUCUCAGAAGAGGCAAUAAACUAUGGAAAAGAACGGGCCAAGGAAAAGGGCCUUACCAACGUAGAGUUUGUCUGUGAGGACGCUGCAUGCAUACCUGAUGAUUGGAACAAUACGAUUGAUUACAUCUACACAUUUGAUGUCAUCCAUGAUCUUGCGCAUGCUGACAAUGUUUUGUUGGCUUUGAAUCGUAUCCUCAAACCAGAUGGUGUCUUUUCCAUGAUAGAUAUAGACUGCAAGACCAAGCACUCAGAGAAUUCUUCAAAUGACUAUUGCUCUAUGUUGUAUAGCAUGAGUCUAUUCCAUUGCCUGCCUAUAUCUCUGUUCUUUGAGGGCAGUGUGGGGUUAGGAACAUGUUGGGGGCGAGAGAAAGCCACAGAGUUUCUCAAGGAUGCAGGGUUUCGAGUGGAUUCAAUCACUAAACCUUUAGGCAGUAGCCAAGCACAUUACAUGUGUUCGAAAAAAGUGAAGUGAUGGCCGAGAUACAGGAAUCUAUUUUUCUGCCACAUAUAAAUGAUAUAUUUUUUCAUUUUUAAUUAUUAGUAUGAUUAUCAGGAUUAUUAUUAUCAGAAUUAUGAUUAUCAUCAUUAGUAUUGUUACUAUUAUGAUUAGUAUUAUUAGCAUUGUCAAGACUCCAUAUUUUUUUCCUUCUGUAGACUGGAGCUGUGUUACAAUGCUACCAGUACUCAUAUAAUAUCAUGCAAUACUAUAAACUUUUUAUUCUAGAAUACUUGUUAGCAAUCUUUAGUAGGAUAGUCAGAUAUAACUUAUAAGACUGAUUGGGCCCUCGUGGGUAGAGCUGUGUUUAAGCUCCUCUUUGUAUUAAUUUUACUUCAUUUAUGACAACAAUCUGUAACAAUUAUACAAUUAUUAUUUAUAUGUCAUUGAAAUUGACCAUUGGUCCCCAUGAACCUCUUUGUCUAAUUUUAAUUGAGAGCCGAGUUAAUGAGAUAACCACCUGUCCAAUGUAUAAUCCCUCCUAUAAACUAGUACAGAUAAGCUUUAAGUUAAUUCCAUGAUUGAUAUCAAAUGUUAAAUUAAGUUAGUGUAUGCUAAGCUAUGAUGCAUUUCAUGUAUUGUGUACCAACCACUCGACACAAACCAACAUGGGUGGUUAUACAUGUAUCUGUGAACCAAUAAGUAUUAUUUACACAUAUCUGAAUGUCAGUUCAGUAAUGUAUUGUCAUGAAUGAUUUCCUUGUUCUCCCGUGUCGUUUAGACAGGGUCUGCAUAUCAUUUCUAAAAUUCAAUAAAAUCUUGCCUUUUUCAAAGCUUAAA